GCCGCCGCCGCCGCCGCCGCCGCCGCCGCCCCCGCCGCGCCGUCCCCUUUGUCAGCGCUCCGCAGCCGUUCGCUCGGCGCCGCCGCGGGCGUGCGGGCGGGCCGCGGGCAGGGCGAGCGCCGGGCCCAGAGCGCGGCGGCCGCGCCGCCCCCCGCCGCCCAUGGCCAGCCCGCCGCGGCCCUAGCGCGACCGCCGCCGCCGCGAUGAGGAGCUCUACAAUGGUAGAAGGAGUUAUGAUUUUUCCUGUGCUGAUCAUGAUGGCGUUUCCCUCCCCGAGCUGGCAAGACGAUGAACUGAAGCUAAAUAUGGUCCACCACUACGAAUGCGUGUGUGAAGGCAUGUCCUGUGGGAAUGGAGAUCGUUGCCAAGGCCAGCAAUGUUUUGCUUCCCUGAGCAUUAACGAUGGUGCUAAGGUUUACCAGAAAGGCUGCUUCCAAGUCUACGAACAAGGGAAAAUGACCUGCAAAACACCUCCGUCUCCUGACCAAGCUGUUGAGUGCUGCCAAGGGUACCUGUGCAACAUGAAUAUCACUGCGCAGUUGCCCUCUUCUAAAGGGCAAACCUUUCAAGGAGAAGCUGCAGGUUACAGCGUGGAAACACUAAUCAUUGUUAUACUGGCUCCUGUGAUAGUUUUGGUAGUUUUUUCUGCAGUAGCUGUGCUGAUCAUCCGGAGAAUACAGAAAAACCAUAUGGAGAGGCUCAAUUCUAGAGAUGCAGAAUAUGGCACAAUUGAGGGACUCAUUGCAUCAAAUGUUGGAGACAGCACGUUGGCAGAUUUAUUGGAUCAUUCCUGCACAUCUGGAAGUGGUUCUGGACUUCCUUUCUUGGUGCAAAGGACGGUGGCUCGACAGAUCACGCUUGUCGAGUGUGUAGGAAAGGGCCGUUACGGAGAAGUUUGGAGGGGUCAGUGGCAAGGAGAAAAUGUUGCUGUGAAGAUCUUCUCUUCUAGGGAUGAAAAGUCCUGGUUCAGGGAAACUGAAUUGUACAACACUGUAUUGCUGCGGCAUGAAAAUAUUUUAGGUUUUAUUGCAUCUGAUAUGACUUCCAGAAACUCUAGUACCCAGUUGUGGUUAAUUACCCACUACCAUGAAAUGGGGUCUCUGUAUGACUAUCUACAGCUCACUACCCUGGACACUGUCAGCUGCCUGCGCAUAGUACUGUCCAUAGCUAGUGGUCUUGCACAUUUGCACAUAGAGAUAUUUGGAACCCAGGGGAAGCCUGCUAUUUCUCAUCGGGACUUGAAGAGCAAAAAUAUCCUCGUGAAGAAAAACGGACAGUGCUGCAUAGCGGAUUUAGGCCUUGCCGUAAUGCACUCCCAAAGCACGAAUCAGUUGGAUGUGGGGAACAAUCCCCGUGUGGGUACCAAGCGCUACAUGGCUCCAGAAGUCUUGGAUGAGACUAUCCAGGCAGACUGCUUUGACUCAUAUAAAAGGGUCGAUAUCUGGGCCUUUGGGCUGGUCCUUUGGGAAGUAGCAAGACGCAUGGUUAGCAAUGGUAUUGUGGAAGACUAUAAACCACCGUUUUAUGACUUGGUUCCAAACGAUCCCAGUUUUGAAGACAUGAGAAAAGUGGUCUGUGUAGAUCAGCAAAGGCCGAACAUUCCCAACAGAUGGUUCUCAGACCCUACAUUAACAUCUCUUGCCAAGCUGAUGAAAGAAUGCUGGUAUCAAAAUCCAUCAGCGAGACUAACAGCCCUGCGAAUCAAAAAGACUUUGACCAAAAUUGAUAAUUCCUUAGAUAAACUGAAAGCUGACUGUUGACCUUCUUCUCGUGGUGCUCUCCUGAUAGGAAGGCAUUUGUCUGGUUCAGAAGUAGUCUGGCCAGACGGUUUAUACGAUUGGUCCCCAUGUGGCUACUUACAGAGGCAGAAGUUCUUACCAAGCCCACCUGUUUGGGAGACAUCGGAACCGUAUGGACUUUGCUCAGUGACUACAAUGGGCAUUUCACAAAUGGUCAAGCUAUAAGGACUCAACGCUGGAUGUACUGUUGCAAAGGUAGUGGCCUGAAGGAAGACAGAGAAAUCCUAAGACAAGAUCAGGGCAUUAAAUAAUGGCUUUGAACAGCUUUUUCUUUUUUUUUUUUUUUUUUUAAUUCUCCUAAUCACUCCCAGGGUGAACACAUGGAAGUGGUAAAUUUUAAUCAGCAAUAUUGCCUGUGCUUCUCUUCUUUAUUGCACUAGGAAUUCUUUGCAUUCCUUACUUGCACUGUCACUGUUAAUUUUAAUGACAUGACUUGCCAAAAAUAUGAUUGGCUGUAUACUACAUUGAUCUAUGCCUGAGUAAUAGGAAAUGAAUUUGGUAAACUGAAAAUGUAACUGUCAGAUUUUAGCUGCAUUUUACACGUGUACUGAUGUUUACAAUAAUGCUGAACAUUAGGAAUUUCUCGUUUAUACAAAACUUGCAAAUUAUUUAUUACUAGUGCACUUGCCAGUUUUUUAAACUGUAAAAUAAGUGCAUAAAGUUAAAGCUUAUUUUUAUGUGGCCUCUUUCAUGAUUUCUUACACAGACGUUUUUGUAACACAAUAUAACCUGAAACAUAAAUUGUUUUCUGUAUUAUCAUAUUACAACCCGAUAGUCACAUUUUAAGUGCUUCACAUUUGUAAGUGUGUGGUCUGUAACAUAUUUUCAGUUCAAAUACGGAACAUAUAUAUAGCCAUUACCCACAUGACGUUGUGUCUAGUAUCUUACUGAUCUAGAAGAGGAAAGCAGUGGAGGAAUUAACUAGAAUUUUAGGUCAUGAAUGCUGUGGGGAAAAUGCAUUUUAUUUCUUCUAAGCUAUAUAAUAUGCAUUUAAACUCUGCCAGAAAAAAUAACUAUUUUGUUUUAAUCUACUUUUUCUAUUUAGUAGUUAUUUGUAUAAAUUAAAUAGAAUGUUUUCAAGUCAAACAAAA